AUGCCUGGCACAACCACAUACAUUAAGGUGGCGCCCGGAUGUGCAAUUCCGGCUCGGGUGUUUAUUGACCGCAAACGGAUCUUACUGAACGGAACAGUGGCCAUCAAUGACAGGUCCAUCAUUAAACUCUCCUCCAUCAACCUGCUAAGAUUGUCUAAUAACGAUAUCACCAACCUUGUGAUGGACAUUAAGGAGGAACUAGAGAAGAUUCUUUUUCAUGAACCUUUGCGGGAGUUGUUUCCUUCGAAGUUUGUCCAUGGAUCUGAUCGCUUGGCUAGAGAUAUAGGCACUAGAUGGAAGUGCAAGGUUGUGGCUUCUUUGGGCUAUGUGGCAACGCUACGGUAUAAGUUAGGGUACCUACGGGACGUGGAGGAUAUGGCGUUUCUUGAGGACCGGAAAGUGGACGUUUCAGCUAGGGACUCGGCCAGAACGGCUCUUCUAACGAAGGAAUUGAAGUUCACGUUUCUUGAACGAGACGAGGAGGAGAUACACGAGGAAGAGAAUGUUAUAGACGAUAAGAAGAUGCUUUCAUACAAGUUGAACAAGCUGGCCUUGCUCAACAACAGCAUCGUGGAUAGUCUCUGUCUCUACGUGACAAGCCGUCCGCACCUGCAAAAAGCUUAA